AUGAGUGGAAGAGGAAGAAAAGCGGCAGUGCCGAAGAAAAAAGCCAAUGGAUACAAAAUGCCAGCUCCUAUUCCGGCUGGCGAAGUUAUACACGAUACAAUAGCUAAAAAGAAAUGGAGAAUCGGUCCUUCUAUUGGUGUCGGUGGCUUUGGGGAAAUAUACUCAGCUUGCAACCACGAAGGCUCCCCCAAGAAGGGCUCGGAAUAUCCGUUUGUUAUAAAAAUAGAGCCACAUGAAAAUGGCCCACUGUUUGUGGAGAAGCAUUUUUAUAUUAGGAAUGCAAAUAAAGAUGACAUUGCAAAAUUCAUGAAAGAGAAAAAAUUAUCCACUUUUGGAAUGCCAUCUUACUAUGGAAAUGGAUCUCACAAUUUUAAGGGUGAAAAGUAUAGAUAUUUGGUACUUGAGCGGUAUGGCAAAGACUUGUGGAGUUUGUUCAAGGAUUCGGCACGUUCAUUUCCAUCAGCAACUGUCUUUCAAAUAGGUUUGCAAAUGCUAGAUGUUCUAGAAUAUAUUCAUAGUAAAGGUUAUGUCCAUGCAGACAUAAAAGGAGCAAAUAUUCUAUUAGGAAUGAAGAAAGGGACAGAGAACCAAGCAUAUCUUGUUGACUUUGGGCUUGCAUCACGAGUGAAUGAUAAGGAAUUCAAACCAGACCCUAAGUGUGCACAUAACGGCACUAUUGAAUACACAAGCAGGGAUGCACAUUUAGGAGUUUCGACAAUGCGUGGCGAUUUAGAGAUCUUAGGCUACAAUAUGCUGCAAUGGAUUGUUGGUGAGCUGCCAUGGGAGAAAAUGUUAAAACAGCCAAAAACUGUUCAAAGCAUGAAGGAAGCCUUUAUGAAAAAUGUGCGGACAGAAAUCAAAUCUAAAUACAGUGAUGUACCUGAACAACUCAUAAAAUUCUUUGAAUAUAUAAACUCGCUAAAACCAAAGGAAGAAGUUGACCACACAAAAUGCCGACAACUUUUUGAAAGUUACCUGAAAUUACAAGGCAAAACGAAAAGUAGCAAACUUGAAUUCUCAGCAACUAAGAAACGAAAAACCAAGAAAGGUGAUGACGGUACUGAUCCAAAUGGUGAUGAAGUUGAACAGAAUGGUGAUGUACCAUCGAAGAAAGUUAAGAACGGUGAACUGAAAUCCAAAAGAGGACGAAAAGCGAAAAACGAUAAUUCAGAGAAUACUGAACCGGAGAAAAACAAGAGUAUAUUAAAGAAACGGAAAUCGUUGGAACCGUCCUACGUCGUUAAAGUGAAGAAAGCAAAGAUGGCGCCUAAGAGGACGCCACCCGCUAAGAGAAAUCAUGCGAACACAUCGACGCAGACGUCGGCUGAUAAAUAUCAGAGUGUACAGCGACAGGUUUCGUUCGACAGCCCAAUCUGCGAAGUGAUAGGUGAAAAUACGUUAAAAAACUCUAGGAACAACGCGGCCAACACAAGUGCAGACAUGUUCGACGAAUCAUUUACCAUUGAGGACAAAAAGAAACCUAAGAAGCGGCUUCUAUCAAACGAAGAAGUGACCAUGAAGAGGGUUACCCGAAGGAAAGUCACCACAGUUGGUGUAAAACCAAAAGGAAAGUCGUGGAAGGAUAGCCCAGCAGUUGUCAAUGGAAGGUCACCGCCCAAAGCCUGUUAA